AUGAGCAUGGAAUUAGAAGAUGAAGUUGUAUGCGAGCUUGAUGUAGUAUUAAACUCCCAAUCAGAAGGCCAGCUAUUUUUAAUCCAAUACCCUCUUCGACCUCGAUACCGACCUUAUGGCGACCAAGGCACUCUAUCUUCUGGCAAAAUCGGAGCCAACUCUUUACAAUUAAAUUAUACUCUAAACUCAUCUGGUCCUAAUUAUGAUAAAAAAUCCAACGAAUUCAAUCACAAAGAACAGACUCUCCAAAGCAAAACCAUUGUCCCUUUAAAUGACUAUUGGAUUGGAGUAAUCAGAGAAAACACUCUUUCGCUUUCUCCAUUAGAAAAAGUCUAUCAAAUGAGACCUGCAAUGGACUAUGUUGACGCUUCGACCAAGACAAGAUAUAUUGAAGACAAAGAUGAAGAAGAAAAUCUAAAAGCUGAAAAAGAGUCUAAGAAAAUGAGGAUUUUUAAGAAAAAAAAGAGCACAUAAGGUAGAUUAUAUUAUCUUAGAUUAAAAGCUGUAAUGGGUCUUCAGGGUUUAUAUUUCAGUCCCUCUCUGCAUUCAGGCUUUGGUGAUGUCGACAGAAAAGUGCAUAAGUUCGACCCGGUGCUUAGAGCGGCGUCAACAUCUAUCGGGGAGAUGCACCCAGGCACUUCCUUGGGAAACUCCUAGAAGAGGCGGCCGAAUCCUCCUUCAGUGCUCAAUUACCCUUCGCAUUCAGAAGUGUAGAGUUUCUUAUGGACUCUGGUCUACUUGUCUCUGAGUCAUGGUAAAAAACCCUGUCGUGGUGUCCCGACCAGGAUAAGAAGCACAUAAGGUAGAAGAAGAAGAAAAAUUGAAGCCUGUCGAAGUUUUAGAUAUGAAUAAUGAAUCAAGUAUAGAAGCUUUUGAAAGCUUGAUACCUAAAAAUUGUGAAGAAAUUGAAAUAACUACAAAUUCAGCUGAAUAUGUGGCUAAUCUUUUGCCUGAACAAACAAAAAAUUUUGGGUUCAGAAAUACAUUAAGAGAAAUGCCAAUAUCACUUCAGGUUGAAGAAAUAUUAAAAAAAGCUGAAGUCAUUAGUUAUGAAUUUCUAAUUGAAAUGUUAGGAAAAAAUGACUCAAGAAUAGAUCAAGCUUUAUCUCAGAAAGCUACAAUUAUUAGGGGCAGGUGGGUAUGCAAAAGUGACUUAUUGCAGCUUGGGGAUUCUGAAAAAAUCAGAGACGUCUGUUUAGCGAUAUUAUUUUCAAAAGGAUUUUUAGAAAAAUCAAAGUAUUUUAUAUAUAGGCUUGUCCAAUCAUUUAAAGAUUUACACAAAAUUAGCUCAAUAAUUACAAAAAUCGCAGUAAAAGAGGCUUCGAAAUGGUUUCUUAAAGGAGAAGAAGGAAUGAUGUAAUCAUUAUUUAGAGAUGAAAGGUUAGAAGCUAAAAGCAAUGAGUAUUGGAAACAAAAAAUGAAAACUUUCAAAAAAGAAUUUCCUGAGCUUUUUAAUUAG